AAGCUGGUGGCGGCGCUGGGGAGACAGCGGCUGCUGCUGCUGCUGAAUGGUGCUGCUUAUCCUUCGCUGGAUGUUUCGCUGCAGGGGCUUUGCUGCCGCUUUGCUGCUGCAGCGCAGCAGCAGCUCAUGGAGAGCCUGCAGGUGCUGCUGCAGCAGCUGCAGCAGCAACAGUUGCCACUCCGCCUGCGGCUAAAAGCAGCUGAAGAGCUGUACUCUCAGCGGCAGCAUCAGCAGCAGCUGGGGCCUGCUGCUGCAGCAGCCCCCGUUGCUGCUGCACCUGCUUCUUGCCUCUCCACAGGCAUUGCUGAGGCGCUGCAGCAGCUGCUGCUGCCGCUGCUGCAGCAAGCAACAGAAGCACACGUUGGGGCUGUGUGGCUGCAGCUGCUGCAGGUGUUUAGGGGGGCCCUACAGAGUGCUGUGAAGGCACUGCAGGGGCAGGGGCUCAGCAGCGCAGCAGCAGCAGCAGCAGCAGCAGCAGCAACGGCUACCAAGGCAGCAGCAGUUGCAGCAGCAACAGCUACAGCGCCUCUUAAGGGCAUCCCCGUCAUUUGUGUCCCUAUUUCUGAUGCUGCUGCUGCUGCUGCGCUGCAUGCACGCUCAGUCAGGGCGCUGCACCUGGAUGUGAACUUCAGCAGCAACUGCAGCAGCAGCAGCAGCAGCGACGGUAUGAGCAACAUCAUGGCUCUGCACGCAGCAGCAACAGCAGCAACAGCAGCUGCUGCAGCAGAGAGGGAGGAAGCAGCUAGCUUCGGGGUGGGGCCCAGCGGGGGGCAAAAAAGCAGGCCUAUACAUGCAGCAGCAGCAGCCGGCGCUGCUGCAGCAGCAGCUGCUGCUGCGAAGGCCCAGAGCAAUUUUUGCUUUCUUGGGGCCCCAUACCGGCUCGGUCCGCUGCCAAAGGGAGCGCAGCAGCAGCAGCAGCAACAGCAGCAGCAGCAAGGGACUGCUCUUCGCGUGUUUCUGCGGGCUUCUCCUCUAGAUAUCUUAUGUGCUGCAACCAACGACUCCACGCUGCUGCUGCUGCUGUGCAUGCAAAUUGAGCGGUUUCUGCAGCAAGCAGCAGCUGCGCGCUGCGCUGCUGCAGCUCCCCAGCUGCUGCUGGCGCAGACGCCCGGCAGCAGCAACGGGAACAGCAGCAGCAACAACAGCUACAGAAAUAGCAGCAGCAGCAGCAACAAAAUGGGCCAGCCUGUGAGCCCUCCGCCGCGCAGCGAAGAGACUCAGAGCGACAAGGCGCUAUCGCACGGGUUUGCUGCACCUUUCAAGUCGCAGCAGCAGCAGCAACAGCAGCAGUGGCAGCAGGUGGGCGAGCAGCAGCAGCAGCAACAGCAGCAGUGGCAGCAGGUGGGCGAGCAGCAGCAGCAGCAGCAGCAGCAGGACGAGCAGCAACAAGGGAACAGGUGGCAAGGGCUGCUGUCUUCAGUUCGAGGUGGCCUCAGCAGCCUGCAGCUGCUUGCUGCUGCUGUUCCGGGGCGUCUGUACACCCCAACGUCCGCAGCAGGCGAGCAGCAGCAGCAGCACAGCAGCAGCAGCAGCGGGUGCAGCAGCCCCGUCAAGUCUGACUCGCUGGCAGCAACAGCAGCAGCAACCCCAGCAGCAGCAGCAACCCCAACGGCAGCUGCUGCUGUUUCGUCCGGCUCUGAAUGCUGCUUGCCGUUUUUGUCCCUCAGCAGCCGCUCGCCUUCUGCAGCAGCAGCAGCAGCAGCAGACGCAGCAGCAGCAGCAGCAAGGCGCCUUGCCCGCAGAGAACAGAAAGUGCUGCAGCAGGAAGCAAAAGAGAUUCAGCAGGGCCUUGCUGUUGGCUGUGCUGCUGAGGCCAUUGCAUGCGCCCGCGUGCUGCGGCGGCUGCAGCAGCAAAUUAGUGCUGCUGCUGCUAGGCCUUUUGAAGAGGAAAUCAACAGGCAGUAG